ACGUCAACACUACAGGCGACGGACACGUCAUGGGUUUAAUAAGUUAUAAGGACAGUCAAAAAACAAGUGUUGGAAACAAAUCGUAUUAGUUAUGGCAAACGGGGACGUUCCUCUGUUAGAUAUUGGAGAAACUGUUCAAGAAUUUCUGAAUAGCAUUCUUGAACAAGUUGUAAGAGGUGUAGAGGAAAGUCGAAUUGAAGAAAAUAGAAAUUGCGUACAACAAGUUAUUGAAAAUGUUAUACGAGCGGCCAUAGUGGUUGUUGAAGAUGAGAAAUUCAGUUCCCAUCAAUACAGCGGGAAAAAUCAAAACGACGGAAAUAUGAAAAGAGUAUCAAUAGAUUUGUUGGAAGAGAACAUGGAAAACUGCGAUGAUGAUAGAACCGCCCGGAAGGAACAGGAGAAUGAAACAACUUCGCCAAUGUCUGAGAAACAGCAUAGUACAGCCAUUGAAAAUAUUUCAAAAAGUACAUAUCUACCUAGCCGUCAUACUUUGCACGCAAGUUUGAACAGGAGAACAGAAGAAGUAGAGAAAGCAAAGAUCAUGGAUAACAAACAUAGUUUAAAUACAGUGAUGAUAGAAUAUACACAACAUGCCUCUAAAGGGCAACAAUAUUGUCAAGCUGAAGAAACAACUGAAAAUAACUCUCUCGAAAAAGAAACAGAAAAGAAAAACUGUAAUGUAAUUUGGAACAAUAACAUGUCUAGUCUUCGGACGGAUACCAAUGUUUCAGAUGCCACUGGUACCAAUAUUUCGGAAGUCACUGCUCUCGCAACUCACUUAGAGGACUGUGUUAUAUCGUAUGGGCGCCUACAAGAUCAAAGUAUUAACUCACUGCGAUCAGAAUAUAUCCGCGAAUGUAGACCAAAUGACACGACCGACGCAAUAGUUAGAGUUAAAACUGAUGAACUGAAGGGGAAAACGUUCCCAAAAUUUUCAAAUGUUGAAAAGAAGAAAACACGAUACGGUAAAGUAAAAAUCUAUUACAACGGCAAACUUGAUCAAGACGAGAAGAAAAGAAUCAUUAAAGAGGCCACAGAACUGUUAAAAUAUGUAAAAGAUAAAGAAUUGGAGGAAAAGAAACAGCGCAAGGCAUUAGAAACGGAGAGAGAAAACAUUGGCACAAGGAUUAGAAACUUCUUCCGACGAUUAUCUUGCUGCAGUGGUUGCUGUGCUGAAUGACAUCCCAUUGUAUAGAUAUAUAUUUAUAAAAAAAAACUUAAAUCAUCAUUUAAGUUCAUAGAUAACUUUAUAUUCGCUGUUUAGCUUUUUUUUUGUAAAUUUAAUACAUCAUGUUUUUUUCACACAUAUAAUUAGGAUAAAUGUAUUAAUUGA